AUGCAGCUGUUUAUGGCUGCGCUCGUAUUCACCGCCGCGUUCAAGUGGCAACCGGCGGAAUCCCUGGAGCCGCUGCUCGAAUCCAAUGAGCCGCCAUACACACUCAUCAACUUCGCACUCGAGGAAGACCCGCGCGUGGACCAGGUUGGAGCUAACCUUGCGCAGAGCCGACGCCGAGAGUGGCUGGACACGCAAUUUGAACACCUGAAGCGGAAGCAAAGGCAGAACAAAGAGGACGACACGCGCAAUAUUAACAAAGCGCUCAAGUCGAUACGCAAGGAGCUGGGGGUCACCCAAAUGCGCGAGGUGAAACCCAAGCUGCCCAAACCCGGCGACGAAGAUGGCGACAGCACCCAUGUCGGCAACAAGCUUGAUGCCGCAAAACUCAACCUCAAAAACAAAAUACAUCGCAGUAUAUGGCUCGCAAUGAAGCGGCGGGACAAGCCGCAGUUUAUGCAGUUGGAGAAGCAGAUUAGGGCCACCGGUGUCGAACUUGAUGGAGUGUCCUACACGCUGCUCGUGCAUGCCACACUACUCUUCCACGGGCCAGGUGACGAGGCCAUGGCGCUCAUAAAGGAGAUGAGGGAGCGAGGCAUCCAUCCGAGCCUCAUCAGGUUCAAUGCGGUUCGUUGUGGUGACACUAAAGCGGUAACGAAGCGCAGCGAAUAG